UCUCCUCCUUCUCUGUAUCUUCCGUCCUCUGCUUCGACGCUUGCUCGAGGGUUAAUCUCUCAGCUUUGGAAAAUGGAUACUUUCCUAUUCACCUCCGAGUCUGUGAACGAAGGCCACCCAGACAAGCUGUGUGAUCAGAUAUCUGAUGCAGUGCUUGAUGCUUGCCUUGAACAAGAUCCUGACAGCAAAGUUGCCUGUGAAACUUGCACCAAGACCAACUUGGUCAUGAUCUUUGGAGAAAUCACCACCAAAGCCAAUCUAGACUAUGAGAAGAUUGUGCGUGACACAUGUCGUGCGGUUGGCUUUGUUUCUGAAGAUGUGGGCCUUGAUGCCGACAACUGCAAAGUUCUGGUCAACAUAGAACAGCAGAGCCCUGACAUUGCCCAAGGUGUUCAUGGCCACCUCACCAAGCGCCCUGAAGAGAUUGGUGCUGGUGACCAGGGUCAUAUGUUUGGCUAUGCUACUGAUGAAACCCCUGAGCUAAUGCCCCUUAGCCAUGUUCUUGCAACCAAGCUUGGUGCCCGCUUGACUGAAGUUCGCAAGAAUGGUACCUGCCCCUGGUUGAGACCCGAUGGCAAGACCCAAGUGACUGUAGAAUAUUUCAACGACCAUGGUGCAAUGGUUCCAAUCCGUGUCCACACUGUUCUCAUUUCCACCCAGCAUGAUGAAACUGUUACUAAUGAUGAGAUUGCUGCUGAUCUCAAGGAGCAUGUCAUCAAACCCAUCGUCCCUGAGAAGUUCCUGGAUGAGAAAACCAUCUUCCACCUCAACCCAUCUGGCCGUUUUGUUAUUGGUGGACCUCAUGGUGAUGCAGGCCUUACCGGUCGCAAAAUCAUCAUUGAUACUUAUGGAGGUUGGGGAGCCCAUGGUGGUGGUGCCUUCUCUGGGAAGGACCCCACCAAGGUGGACAGGAGUGGAGCAUACAUUGUUAGGCAGGCUGCCAAGAGUAUUGUCGCCAGUGGGCUUGCCCGCAGGUGCAUUGUGCAGGUCUCAUAUGCCAUUGGUGUGCCCGAACCAUUAUCCGUAUUUGUUGACACGUAUGCCACUGGAAAGAUUCCAGACAAGGAGAUUCUCAAGAUUGUGAAAGAAAGCUUUGACUUCAGACCUGGAAUGAUUGCCAUUAACCUGGAUCUCAAGAGGGGUGGCAAUGGCAGGUUCUUGAAGACAGCUGCAUACGGACACUUUGGAAGAGAUGACCCCGACUUCACAUGGGAAGUUGUGAAGCCUCUCAAGGCAGAGAAGGCCCAAGAGUAAAAAGUUUGCAAUCGCAGGUGGAUUAAUAAUUAAUUCGCAGAGUAUUUGCCUCUGCAGCUGCUUGUUAACAGAAGAACCUGCCCAUUUGUUUUGCCUGGUAUUGUGUUAUCUUUAUUUUUCUUCUUUUUGUUUGUCUUGGCCAUAUAAGAAGAUAUAUGGUAGUGUUGUCUUAGCAGAUGACAACGCAUACAAAGUGGCUGCCUCAAUAUAUAUAUUACACACACAGAUUACUGGAGUGAGAGAGAAGAGAACCAUGCAAUAGAGGAGCCAGCUGCAGAGCAGCAGCAUUGUACCAAUGCAGUUGUUUGAUGUCUAUGAAACUAUACGAUUAUUUCAA